CCAUUUCAAUAAACGGUGAAGAUUUUUGGUUUCGUGUAAAUUUUAAAUUGGGAUUAGCUUAGAGAUUGUAACUUCAAAUCGGUUUAUCUGGUGCUGUUCGAGUAUUUUAACAUUUGAUUGAUCUUUAACUUGUUGAAUCAAUUUCUACUUACCAACUGCAGGAUUGCGUUAUGGAUCAAUCAGUUGAGAUGUCUCAAGCCCAGUAUCCAGUGCUGAAGCAACCUGAACCGAUGCCGUCGUCGGCACCCCCGUACGACCAUUCAUACGACCAGCCGGCAUCUGUGUACCCCAACUACACCUACCCGGCCCUAUCUCAGCCAGUAGCGAUGCCAGGGGGGGCAGGACCCACAGCGCCAAACGUCGUCAUCGUCAACCAGCAAACACCUUACGUUGUUCCACCGACUGGUCAACCGCAGAACAUUCGAGAUUGGAGCACUGGCAUGUGCAGUUGCUGUGAAGAUGUUACCGGCUGUUUGUAUUGUACGUUCUGCUUCCCGUGUUUCUCUUGUACGCUUGCCAGAAAGAUGAAUGAAUGUUGUCUUGGGCCCUUGUGCUGUCCUGGUUUUCUGGUGGCCAUGAGGUCAAAGAUGAGGGGUCAACAUGGAAUCAGGGGCAGCAUAUUUGAUGAUGUAUGCGGGAUGACUUUCUGCACUCCUUGCAUGGCCCACCAGAUGUACAGAGAGCUGGACAAGUGCAGCUUCACCAUUUUUAAAGGGAAAAUCAUUGAGACGAAAUUAAGCAUCUUAUGCAACCGCCCGUCAAGCGAAAAUUAA